UGGUGACACGACACCUCUUCAGGUAAGAUGACACCCGCUGGUUGCUGCGGAGACGCUAUGCAAAGACUGACGUGAUGUCCGACCACACACAUGAGCACAAGCAAUUUUUUGGUCGACGACGUCCUGGAGGCCCAACAGGUCUUCGGCGUUCUGAUGUGUCGCACAGGAAACCCGGCAAAGAUCCCAAGACGGACCUCAACGGCGUUUUAGAUGCCAAUCUUUCCCUCCCCACCGCUCCCGAGGGACCAAUGAGUGGCGAGCGGGUGGAAGCCGACCAAGACGAUCGGCGUCCGGUUUUCCAGGAGCUGUGGUUCAUCGCGGUGAUGGCGGCCGUCGCCCUCCUGCUGAUGGCCAUCGUGUUAGGCGUGGUCCUCCACAAGGCGCUGAACAAAGCCCCCUUGACUAGAGGCAGACCCCCCCUGGUGGCCAUGAAGACGCGAAGCCCGAUGGCCGUUUAUCCGGCCGGGAACUCCGUUUUGUUCGACACGUCGGGCGUGGUCAGCAGCGUGACGCUGAAGUCCUUCACCAUGAAGAUGGAGGAGGCGCUGGAGGCCAAAUGUGAGGACGCGCAUCCUCGAGGUGUAGAAGAAGGAGGAAGGCGCGGGAAUCGGUUGAAGCGCAGUGUCAGCCAGGUGAUGGACGGGAAGUCGCCGGUGGAGGCGUGGGCCCCCGCCAUGGGACACGACAGCGGAAUGUUUAUGGACGACGAGGAGUUUGUGGACAGCGUCAAAGGCUUCAGCACCGUCAGGAAGGAGCACACCAUGUUCAUCGACACCAACGUUUGAGCCAAUGAAACGCCGAGCGCGGCGACGGUAGACGCCUUCGGUCAUUGGCCAUCGUAGACACUUAGUCAACUGUGUUUUAGACUUUGCAAAAUGAAUCAACCGGGAUCAGAAUUGCACGUUCCCCAAGCGCAUCUGAGGACCAUUUUCUUCAUAACAUUAACUUUUCCAAGCGCACGCUACUGACAAGCAGCAUUACUUGUGGGACAAUACGGCGAGAGGGGCGUGUCAAGCCAGGGGUUAAGACAAUGCGGCUAUCUGAUUGGCUAUUAUUGUACGUGUGAUUGACAGGUCGGAAAGGUCCAUUCGAAAGACCUUCCCUCAAAGAGGUUUAUAAUUGCCGAUGAAUGCCACAAGAUGGGGGCAAAGCACCCAUUUUGUACUCAAUGGACCUUCGUUGUGUAUACUAGAAUCUCUUCUAACAUCCUUCAUUGGCACCGACAUACCACCAAAGCAUGACUACCUCCAUGUAGGUCAUUUUUAAACUAAUAUGCAUGUGAUAUUGUAUUAAUGCUAGUAUUACAGUUAUUUACGCAGACUGCCCUUUACUAUACAUUUUUUUUUCAGUUUUUG